AUGGGUGACUUCAAUGCAAAAAUUGGCCCCAACAACACCGGACUAAGAUCUGUCAUGGGCCAGCAUGGAACUGGGACUCGCAACGAUAACGGAGAGAGAUUAGUGGAACUCUGCCGGCUAUUCCAACUGCUCAUCGGCGCCACAAUAUUCCCACACAAAAAUGUCCACAAGUACUCCUGGACAUCUCCAAGUGCUAUUACGCGCAACCAGAUCGACCACAUAUGCAUUAGCAGGAAAUGGAGACACUCGCUACUGGACGUACGGAACAAAAGGGGAGCAGCCAUAGACAGUGACCAUGAGUUGGUCAUUGGAGAACUUUCAAUAAAGCUCAACCGCAACCACUCAAGGAACACUGGCAACAGUCAAUACCGGCGAGCGCCCCCUCUAAACCUGCACCUCCUAAGCGACUCUACUCUGAAGACGAGAAUCACGUCCACGCUGCGAGAACAGCUGAUCCCCCUAGAAGACCACCCAUGGGAGCACACCUGCAGGCAACUAAGGACCACGGCGGAGGAAAUACUCGGCCUGCAACAACGCGGAAGAUCGGACUGGAUAUCUGAAGGGACCUCCUGGGACCUGAUUAGAAGGAGGAACCACCUGAAGCCUCUGGCGAACCAGCUCACACAGUACCGGGAGGAGUAUCACGGACUAUGCAGAGCGGUGAAAAGGUCGGCCAGAAAGGACAAAAGAGCACAGCAGGAUAGACUUGCGGCAGGCGCAGAACGAGCAGCCGGCGAGAACAACAUGCGCUCGCUAUACACGCUAUACACGGUUCACAGGAACCCAUCACAAACAGAACUAACCAGUCAGAGAUCUAGAAGCCACACCACGUCACCAAACGUGGCCAUAGACUACAGGAGUGUUGUGCCGCCAAGUGGGAGUAGCAGGAUACCCUCUGCACCCCCGAAUGUAAGAGAAAUCGUGAAUGCAAUAAAGAAGCUGAACCACAACAGGGCAGCUGGCGAAGACAACAUACCAGCCGAAUUGCUUCAAGUUGACACCCAACUGAUGGCUGAAAUAUUGCAUCCACAUUUCUCACGCAUAUGGGAAGGCGAGACGGAAAAAAUUGAGCCAUCAAUCCGAGACGAACAGGCAGGCUUCAGACCCCACAGGAGUUGCGUAGACCACGCAAAUACACUACGCAUAAUAACCGAGCAAGCUGUGGAAUGGAGAGCCCCGCUUUACGUCCUGUUCAUCGACUUCAAGAAGGCGUUCGACUCAGUUGAAAGAGCAGCAAUAUGGCGAGCACUCGCAAGUAAAGGAGUACCUGCAAAUCUCAUCGCCAUCAUCAAAUCGAUGUAUGACGAUGCCAACCUGGCGGUACUGCACAAUGGAAAAACUAGUGCACCUUUUCAGACAAACACCGGAAUUCGGCAAGGAUGCCCGCUGUCACCACUCCUCUUCAACAUCGUAGUCGACGAGUUAAUGAGCGAAGUAUGCUCUUCCAAGCGCGGAAUUACGUGGAACCUAACCAAACACCUUGAGGACUUGGACUACGCAGACGACAUCUGUCUCAUAUCGCACAGACUCGACGACAUACAGAGGAAAAGUGGCGACCUCGUCAGGAUAACCAGCAGCGUAGGGCUCGAGAUAAACAUAGCGAAAACAAAAGCUAUGCGCUUCAACCACUCCAGCCAAGGAAACAUCAACAUAAAUGGGAACCCAAUCGAGUUCAUUACCAGUUUCCCAUACCUUGGCACCAUCAUAUCGAACAGUGGUGGAGUGGAUGAUGAUGUCUUCAGCCGUCUUGGCAAAGCCCGCUCAGCAUUUGGGAGAUUAUACUGCAUAUGGAAAGACCGACAAAUCAGCCGACGAACAAAGCUCAGGAUCUACAAUGCGUGUGUGAAAUCCAUACUGCUAUACGGAAGUGAGACAUGGGACACGCCACGAAGAAAAUAA